AUGAGAUCAAAUUCUCAUUAGGUAAUUGGAGAAUUACCAUAAGUGAAUGCUGAUCCUAGUCCAGAUAUGCAAACUAUAGAAAUCAAGAAAGAUGAAUCAAGUAAUAAAUUAUUCAUCUAUAUUAGCAUAUCGUUUUUCGAAUACAAAUAUUUGCAAUAUAGAAUAAUUAAUUUUACACUCUAUUUAUGAAGGUAACAUAGAUUAAUUAAAAUCAAUGAAAAUCCAUCUUAGAGAUUUAAAUUAUUUAGAAGAAUUUAGUGAAGAUUUUAUAGAUAAAUAAAUAUUUCCUUUAUCUUUGGCAGUUGCUACAGGUUAGUUAGAAAUAGUAAAGUUGCUAUUACAAAAUGAAGCAAUAGAAGUUAAUAUGGUUAGUAAACCAUAAGAAUUAUCAGCUUUAAAAUUAGCUUGUAGCAAUGGAUAUUAUGAAAUAGCUGAGCUACUAGUCUAAUAAGAUGCUAAUGUAAAUUAAGCAGAUUCUAAAGGAUCAGUGCCUUUAUUUUAUUGUUUCAGUAGGUUAGAAGAAGAAACUAAUUACUUCGAGAACAAACAAUUAUGUUUUAAACUGGCUGAAUUGUUGAUUGAUAAUGGAGCAAAUAUUGAUGCAGUAGUAAAUGUAGAAAAAGGAUAUACAUUAUUAAUGUUAUUUUGUUCAGUUAAAGAUAAAUUAAAUCCAAGAGAUUUAAGAGUAAAUUUAGAUGUAAUACGAUUCUUACUCUCAAGAGGAGCAUCAAAAGAAAAAUUAAGUACUAAAGGCAAAACAGCUUUAUAAUUAUCAAAACAUCAUUGUGCAAAAGAGGAAGUUUAAAAAAUGCUUAAAGAUGUCAAACCUACUUAAUACAAAAUAUUCUCUCAUAGACCUCAAAUUAUUUAAUAAUAAGUUAUCAAAUAAGAAGGAGUCAAAGCGUCUGGAAAUAAUAAUGGAUUAUGCUGUGGACUUUUAUCAUCUAGUAGAAAUAGACCAUAAUCAGAAAAAUCAUGGUGGUAAUUUUUUUGAAUAAAAC